UCAAAAUACUAAUUAUUGAUUUUCUUUUCUUAAGGUAGAAAAUAUUUUGUUAAAUGAUGGUGGAAAUUAUGUACUUUGUGACUUUGGCAGUGCCACUAAUAAGUUUCUCAAUCCUCAAAAAGAUGGAGUUAAUGUGGUAGAAGAAGAAAUUAAAAAGUAUACGACUCUGUCAUACAGAGCCCCUGAAAUGAUUAACCUUUAUGGAGGGAAGCCAAUCACCACCAAGGCUGAUAUCUGGGCCCUGGGAUGUUUACUGUAUAAACUUUGUUUCUUCACUCUUCCAUUUGGUGAGAGUCAGGUUGCUAUCUGUGAUGGCAGCUUCACCAUCCCAGAUAAUUCUCGGUACUCCCAUAACAUACAUUGCUUAAUAACUGGGCAGGUAGUGAAUCAGAUGAAUAAGAAGCUACAGACAGGCUUUACAGAAGCAGAGGUGUUACAGAUCUUCUGUGAUACCUGUGAAGCUGUUGCGCGGCUGCAUCAGUGUAAGACUCCGAUAAUUCACCGGGAUCUGAAGGUAAGAAUUUCAGACACUUAUGAAUUGAGAAUGUAGUCUGGAUUUUGGAUUUAAAAUGAUUUUGGACUAUUUUCCAUCUAAGCUAGAUGAUUUCUUGAGUGUUGGGGAUCUCACCUAGAUCCUUGUGUAUGCUAGGCAAAUGCUCUCCCACUGAAUUACGGUACAGUUACGGCUCCAGUUUUAUUACUGGCACUGGUUUCUCUGUCCCCCCCAUUUCCUGAGGCUGUGUUAAGACCCAUCCAUAGAUUUGAUAUUGCACUUUACUUGAUCUUGAGGAUUUUUAAUGUCGCUGUAGAGGUGGAUUUUGUGCCCUUAUUCUGCAUCUCUGUAUCAAAAAGUUUGAGCAAAAGCUGAAUAUCACCGACCCACAUAAAAGUGUUCCCCCACACUGUUCUCUUCCUUGCCAGCAUUUCUCCUGUUUCCUGUAGUUCCCAUGAAGCAUCAGAGUGUUGAGAUAAUUUGAGGAUACUGUACAUGGAUAUUUCCCUAUUUAUUUGUAACUUACUAUAAUUUUUAUGAUUUAUUAUAAUUUGAUGGUGAUCUUUAAGAUCUCUUCAUCUUACUUUCUUGUGGGCUCUUGACCUCUUACAUUUUGUACCCACUUGUUAAAUUGGAAAAAUUUCCCAAAAGUAACUGAAAAUUCAUGAUACAUUGCUAGAGAUAUUGUUUAAAACAAUAAGAGUUUUCUUUGAUGCUCACAAACACAGAUUACCAAAAUAACUCUUCCUGGCUUGGGGAUAUAGCUCAGUGGUAGAGCCUAGCAUGCUUGAGGUUCUCAGUGGCUUGAUCUGCAGCAUCAACACACUCACACACUCACAUACACACACUUACACACAGAGUCACCUUGCCUGAAAUGCUUUGUGAACCUAGAUAUCCCUAUGGUUACUCUUUCCUCUCUUUCAGUCUGCUCAGAUUCACUUUCUCAGUGAGUCCUGUCCUGUGUCAUAUCAUUUAAAACUAGAGUCUAGUAUUACCAUCAGUGUCUGUUCUGCCUUUGAGGAGCAGUUAGCACUUUCUAAGAUGUUGCUUAAUUAUUAUGUCUAUCAUUUAUUGUGUGUUUGCUUCCAAUAGAAUGUAAGCUUCCUGAGGGCAGAGAUUAAUUAAUUUUUUUCUUUUUUAUUUGCAUAUCCAAGCAUUUAGAACAGUGCCUGCAGAGGCUUGCUAUUUAGUGAAUGAAUGAAUCCCUAUUUUGACUGAUUAUGCAAAAAUCUAUGGAAGUCAGUUAUAAGAUACUGUUUAAGGAGAAUAGAAGAUGUCAUUUAGAAUGUAGGUUGUUUAUCAUGAAAACAUCCUCAGUGGAAACCUGUGGGAAUAGGAGUUAAGCAGCACUGAAACACAUGACUUCAGACAUUUGUCCCCUUACUUGGAAAACGUAGUAUAGCUCAUCAAGUUCUUUUGAAUGUGCAAUUUCUAUAUUUCUUCUAAUGAUUUGGUUUGAUUUUCUUGUGCUGUUAUAGUCCAUUAACAUUUUGCGUAUAAAGUUGAUAUUUUCAGGUGUCUUCAUGAUUUAAAAUUCAGAAGACAUUAAAGUGCAAAAUUUUAUGUAGUCCAUAUUUUAUAUGGUU